UACUGAACUGAGCCAGGGUUGCUGUCAUUUACAAAUAAUUUUACAAAAGUUAACAAACAGAUUUUUUAAUUAUUAUUACACAACAUUGAUUCAUAACAUGGAGGAUUUAGGCGAGGAGAGCCUUUUUGUUGUGGAUGAAGUGAGUAAUAUAAUCAAAGAUGCCAUUGAGGAAACAAUCGGUGGAAACACAUAUCAGCAGAGCAAAGUAAAUCAGUGGACAUCCUCCGUCGUUGAUGCUUGUCUUGCUGCUCUUACCAAACUACAAAAGCCAUUUAAAUACAUUGUUACAUGCACGAUAAUGCAGAAAAAUGGUGCCGGCCUUCACACAGCUAGUUCAUGUUACUGGGACAAUACAACUGACGGAAGCUGCACCGUCCGCUGGGAGAAUAAGACAAUGUACUGCAUUGUGUCUGUGUUCGGCCUUAGUUUAUAACCACGCUGCCUAGAAUUAACAUCAAAAGUCCACUAAAGACCAUUGAGGUCUAAUGGUGGAGCCAUUAUCAUAUUUUACUAUUUGUCAUUAAAUUUUAUGUUGACCUAUAACACCAUCAUAUGAAUAUUCUUCACCAUAUAGAUUGUAAUAUAAGUUAAAUAAAUUAUUUAUUAUUUCUUAAAA